AUGUGGUCGUUUGCCUUGGAGCAGGAGGGCCAAUACAAGGAGGCGGAGCGGAUCGCCUGGGAGGGCUUCAGCUUCGAGAAGGAGCUGGGCCCCGACGCCUGGCUGGAUCAUAGCUUGGCCCACUCGCUCUACUUCCAAGGGAAGGACCGUCUGGAAGAUGCGAUGUCUUUCAUGAAAGAGCGCUGCGCGACCUGGGCCAAGGAGGACUUGCACCCCUUUCUCUACACGCACUGUUGGUGGCACCUGGCGCUCUUGCACCUUGGUGAGCCUCAGCACAGUGUCGACGUGCUCGCCGUUAGAACGACAAGUGCCAAGAACUUGGCUGAAGUGAAGUUUCUGCAUAUACCUUUGCAGGCUCUGGCGGCUGGAAUCGCGUCAACAGGAACCCUGCAGCAUUGCGAUCUGCUGUUGGACAUUUUGCUGAUCCGCGGACUGUGCGUUACUGCUGCGGAGGAUGCCAAACCGCUGGAUGAGUUCCUCGCAGCUGUGAAGGACCAUUCGAAGGAGAUGGCGGCAGGGCCGGGUGGCGCCGGCGGGCGCGCUGAGGCUUACCACAGCCUUGCUUGUUUCGUAGCAGACAUCUUCCGCUCUGACCUGCCGGUCUCGGAGACAGCCGAGAAACGCACCAAGGCGCGGAAUGGCAUCCUUGAGCUGAAGCAGCACUGGGGCUGUCUUGGAGGGAGUGAAGAGCAGCGCGGAAUCUUGCUCGAGGCUGUGAAAGGUCCAGUGGUGUGUGGCAAUCCGCAGGAAGAAAACGGCAGAGGUGGGGGAUGUCGACUCCUGUAG